AUGGAGCACUCCCCCUCUAUUAACUUGUCAGUCGUGGAUGGAGUCGAUGUGGAGGACCAGCGCCCCCUCCUCCCGCCGAGGAUGGUUCCUCCACCUCAGGCCUGCUCUCCGAAGUGUGGGAUUCACCGCACAGUCCAAACAUCAGUCGAUCACACUGUGUGGCUGGACAGAACCCAGGCCAUGGCCACCACACCUUUAUACAACGGCCGGCUUUAUGUCACACCUUCACCUCGCUCCAACAGGAGGGGAGACAAAGGCAAAGAGAAGAAAUGUGACAAAAGGUCAGUGGGGAGGAGACAAAAUCCAGCACACAAAGAGUGUAAUCACCAGUGCAAAGCCAAAAAUGCAGGAGCUAACAGACUCCAGGAGAAGGUCACCUCUUUCACUGUCCCCAUUUCUCCCUGCGGGUCACCCUUUACGGGCCCCUGCAGCUCUCACUUAGAUGUCAAAGAUGUUGAGGGCAGAGGGCGCCGCAAGUCAGGCAACAUUUGUUUGGAGAUGCACGACCGCCACAGUCUCCCAGAGAUCAUCAUCACUAGCAAAGAUGACGACUUCCAGCCACACAAUGAGACGUUCCAGCAUCGCCAGGACCUGACUGGGGCCAAAGGCCUUCUGCCAGGAGUAGAGUGUCCCGGUCCUGACCCCGAUCCUAAUUCCCAGACCAGCCCGAAACACAAGGAGGACUCCAAAGAUGACUCGUACUGGAAGACCCACAACAUCGGCUGGCGGCUGGUCCACAGGAGGGCUCUGUUUUUGAGGAGGCAGCGGCUGAAUGACUGCGCCUUGGCAGUGGGGAUAUUCGGGAUGUUGCUGAUGGUGAUGGAGACAGAGCUCUCCUGGAGUGUCUACAGCAAGAGCUCCGUCUACUCCCUCACACUCAAGUCCAUCAUCAGUCUUUCUACGAUCAUCUUGCUGGGCCUCAUCAUUGCGUACCACUGCUGUGAGGUUCAGCUCUACGUUCACGAUAUUGGUGCAGAGGAUUGGCGGAUUGCCAUGACAACCGAUCGUUUGGCUCUGGUAGGCCUGGAGCUGGCAACAGCGGCCAUUCAUCCAUACCCAGUGGGUCUGAUGGGGUACUUCCAGCAGACCUUUCAGAAAUCCACAAAUCGCCUGUCACUGUCGGAGACGGAGCUGGAGAUCGUCCUGGCUCUGCCCAUGUUCCUGAGGCUCUACCUGCUGGGCCGGGCCAUGAUGCUGCAUAGCCGCCUCUUCACUGACACUGCAUCUCGCAGCAUUGGAGCGCUCAACAAGAUACACUUCAACACCCGGUUUGUGGGAAAAACACUAAUGACCACCUACCCCGGGACUGUGCUGAUGAUUUUCAGUGUCUCUCUGUGGAUUGUGGCAGCGUGGGGUUUACAUGUUUGUGAGAGACACCACAACUACAGGGACCUGAGUAGCAACUACAUGGAGGCCUUGUGGAUGGUCUCUGUCACCUUCUUGUCCAUCGGCUACGGAGAUGUGGUGCCUCACACCUACUGUGGUCGCAGCAUCUGUCUCCUCACUGGGAUCAUGGGAGCUGGCUGCACAGUCCUGGUAGUGGCGGUGGUUGCCAGGAAGCUGGAGUUGACCAGAGCAGAGAAACAUGUUCACAACUUCAUGAUGGACUCCCACAUCUCCAAGAGGAUAAAAAUUGCUGCAGCAAAUGUACUGAGAGAGACUUGGCUUAUCUACAAACACACUAAGCUGUCAAGAGAGAGAGACCACAGCAGAGUCCGCAUGCAUCAACGGAAGCUGCUUCUGGCAAUCCACCGGCUGCGCCAGGUGAAGAUAGAGAAGAGGAUACUUUCAGACCAGGGAAACACACUUGUGGACCUCUGCAAGGUGAGAGAGAUGCAAACCCUGAUGUAUGACGUGCUAUCAGAGGUGCAGGGCUGCAGGGCGGAGCUGGACACACACAUCCACAGCCUGGAGAAGAACGUUGAAGAGUUGAGGGAGGGCUUCAGGAGCCUGAUGCCUCUCCUGUCCAGCACCAUGUCUACGCAAAACUCUUCCAUCCGCCACCUGCUCAGGGAGAGGGAGGUGAAGACAGAGACUGCUGGAGCGAGCGUAGACAGGUAG